AAGUGAUCAAGAAAGCGCGCAAAGUGGAUCAGUCCGAAGACAAAGUCCUCAAAUCCAUGAUUCCAUGCACAGUAUGAAAAUGAUGUCAAUCAAACAUGAGUGGGGCCUGCUUUGCUUCUUCCUCUGCCAAAAUAUUAUUUGCAUUGCUUUUUCAAUCUAUAAAUCCAGGGCUAAUUUCAGGAUCAUUAAUUAGUUACGGAGCCGAGAUGGAAAAGGAAGCGAGCGCGAUGGUUGCGAGGAGAAGCACCAGCCGCCAUGAUUGGAGGAGGUGGUGGUGGCGGCUGCUGCCUCUCGCCUGCUGCUUCGUUUGUUGGGUGGCCUCCACGGCGGUGACGGUGGCGGCGGCAGCCGGCGUCGCCGUGACGAGCCUUCCUGGUUUCGACGGCCCACUGCCCUUCUCCCUGGAGACCGGAUACGUGGAGGUGAACGAGAGUACUAGCGUGCGCCUCUUCUACUACUUUGUUAAGUCAGAGAAGGAUCCUGAUGUAGACCCACUUUUAUUGUGGCUAUCAGGUGGGCCAGGAUGUUCUAGUAUCUCUGGCCUAACCCACGAGAUAGGGCCAUUCCAAUUCGCUGCAAAACGGUAUUACAGUGGAGGAUUGCCGGAAAUUAUCUACCGACCAGAGACUUGGACUAAGGUGAGCAACAUAAUCUUUGUGGAUUCUCCUAUAGGGGCAGGGUUCUCAUACGCGGCAACAAUGGAAGGGUCCAAGUCUAGUGAUACCAAGACAGUGAAACAGCUUUAUAUUUUCCUCAGAAAGUGGCUUCACGAUCAUCCCCAGUUCUUGUUGAGUCCGCUGUAUAUUGGAGGUGACUCAUAUAGUGGUAUCAUUGUACCUACACUUGCGCUAGCGAUCGAUGAAAGCAAUGAUUCAGGAGAUAAGCCAAUUUUGAAUCUCAUGGGGUAUGUUGCUGGCAAUCCAGUGACCGAUAGCCAAUUUGAUGAAGAUGGUAAAAUUCCAUGUCUCCAUGGCAUGGGACUUAUAUCCAAUGAACUUUAUGAGCAUGCUAAAGAAACCUGCAGAGGGAAAUACAGUGCCCCAGGGAAUGCUCGGUGUGAGCAGUCUAUCCAAGCUAUACGCAAUUGCACAAAGGACAUCAACAUGCUACAUGUUCUUGAGCCAUUAUGUGAAGAAGUCUGGAGCCCCAGGAUCCAUAACACAUCAGCGACAGAUGGAAUGAGUAGGCUCAUGCUGGAGUCUGCUCGUGCUGCUGAUGAUGACAUUAUUGAAUUCAAGUGUAGAAAAGCUUCCUAUGUGGUUUUAAAAAUAUGGGCAAAUGAUAAAACUGUAAGGGAGAGUCUUGGUGUGCACAAGGGAACAGUUGGAAAGUGGACAAGAUGCAAUUACGAUAUAGAUUACAUUAAAGAUGUGUAUAGUACAGUGGAGUAUCAUUUGACGCUAAUGAGAGAAGGAUACCGAUCAUUGAUAUACAGCGGUGAUCACGAUUGUGGAAUUCCUUUCACUAGUACACAAGCAUGGAUUAGAUUUCUCAACCUUUCUGUAGUUGAUGAUUGGCGACCAUGGUAUGUUGCUGGACAAGUUGCCGGAUUCACAAGAAGCCAUGCGAAUAAUAACCUGACAUAUGCAACCGUGAAGGGUGCUGGGCACACUGCUCCGGAGUAUAAACCUAAGGAGUGUCUCGAGAUGUUUGCAAGAUGGAUUUCCGGCAAUACUCUCUGAUGUAUAUUCCUCAACCAGAUCAAGUCAACUGUGAAAACAUGAGUAAAUGAUCACAUCAGAGAUAUGAAGAAAAACAUUUGCUGCAUGUAAUAUUUUGGAAAACCAUAAUUACUAUCACUAGUACAUAGAUAUCUAUGACGGAGACCAGUGGCCCAUAAAAAAGGUAUUCAUCUAUGUUGGGCUGAAAAUAAUCCUGUUGAAAAUUGAGCUUCAUGGCCAUACCCAUCACCGUUGAACCCUCA